UCCUGGUACAGUCGGCGGCGGUAGAGCUACAUCCCAAACAGCUGACUGAGCGUCCCUAUCGAGGUGUUUCAUCUUCUCUUCGGUGGCUGAUACUCCAAACUACUGGGCGAUCAUGAACCGACACGCUGCAUUUGUUUUACUCCUCGCCUUUGGAAUCGUCUUCCAGCUGUCACAUUGCACUGAGGUGAAUGUUACAGGGAAAGAUGGCAAGUUAUGCCUCUAUGCCAAUCUAAUGGUCAACUUCACCGUCUCAUAUGAAAUAACUGGCAAUAAGAGUGCAAUAGUCGAAUUUGAACUUCCUAAUAACACCACAACAACUGGAAGUGAAUGUGAUGCUAAAAGCUCAACGUUGAAGCUUAAUUUCGGAGGAGGACACUCCUGGAGUGUGAACUUCACCACCAAUGGAGCCAUGUACCAAGCAGACUCUAUCAUCUUUUCCUACAACCUCAGUGAUGCGACCGUCUUCCCUAAAUCUGCAUUGAAUGACACCAUAACUGUUAUCGCGAAGCCUCACAUUACAGAUGUAGGCAUGGAUACUUGCUACUCCUGCAAUAGUAAAGAGAUGAUUGAAGGUGAUUCUGUCAAUCAGACGCUCUGGAACGUGCUCAUACAGGCUUUUGUCAGCAACGGCACCAAGAGUGCAAAUAUUACCACUUGUGCUGCUGAUUUACCCACAACCCCUACUACCACCGCCACAACUACUUCCCCUGCCCCUCCUCCUACCACCACCCCGACACCCACCCUCCCCACACCCACCACUGGAAAGUACAGUGUUAAGCCUGAUGAAAACAGCACAGUCUGUCUGUUAGCCACCUUUGGUCUGCGGAUUGGUGUAAUGCAAGGAAAGAAAUAUCAGGAAAUAAACCUUGAGCCUAAUGGGACCAAAUCCUCUGGAUCAUGUGGAGUCAACAGUAGUGAGCUGGUGUUGGUGUCUAACUCAAUGACCAUCAUGUUCACUUUCGCCAAUGACACAAAGAAAUUCCGCCUGCAGGCUCUGAACGUCACUGGAAGCACAAGCUCUGGUAUCGCGUUUUCGGAGGGGAACACCAACCUGAGUCUGUGGGAGGCAGCUGUCGGCAGCUCUUACAUGUGUAACAAGGAGCAGAACUACACCAUCACCAGCUUUCUCACCCUCUACACCUUCAACCUACAAGUCCAGCCCUUUGGAGUCAAGAAGGGUAUUUUCAGUACAGCCCAUGAAUGUUCAUUGGAUGACACCAGCAUCUUAAUCCCAAUCAUUGUUGGCGCUGCUCUGGCUGGCUUGAUUCUCAUUGUAGUGAUCGCUUAUGUGAUUGGUCGAAGAAAGACUUAUGUUGGAUAUCAGACCCUUUAAAUCCAGUUUGCAAUCAUUACUGAAAUAUCACGGGGUUCCCAAGCCUGGUCCCUGGGUGUCUUGUAUAUGUUUAAUUGGCAAUUCAACAGUCAAAAUCUGAAAUUGAGAUGUAGUUUUACAAAAAUACAUUUUAUUAUCUGCUGGGAUUGACAAUGAGAUGUGAAAUACACAGAUCAUUUUUGAAAUGCAGUUGCUUGAAGGGUCUUUAAUGAUACUAUAAUAAGAUAGUAAAAUCCAUGUGAAGAGGGUUUGGUGUUUUUUCUCAAGGACCAGCCUUGUCUACCCCCCCACUCCCACCCCAGUUUUUGUGUUUCUUUUUUGUUGUUUUCUGGAUGUCUUUCCAUUUGUGUUUUGUUAAUGAGCAAGUGCAACAUCCACACAACUUAAAAAAACAAAUCAUAUAUACAGAUACAGCAGGACUUCUGCAUUUAUAGAAGCUGAUGUGCGACAGUUGGAAUAUGUUGCUGCGGGAUCCUGCACUUGCUCUGCAGUCAUUCCCCUUUUGUUUUCUUUUGUCAUUAUUUACUCUUUGUGCACAUUUUGUUUUUUACUCCUUUUAAUGGUUUGACUUUUCAUCCCCAUAAUUAUUCACAUCAAGACAUAGAAAAACGAUAAAUUUCACAGCAUGUCCUUCACAAAUCAAAGCAAGAUGUACAAGCAGCUUACUUUCUUUGUCAUCAGAAAUUCAUUAAUAAGGAUGAAAGUCUACUCCAUUUGGAAAGCUGUCUGUGGAAAAUAAGCUUUAGCCCGUGUUUGCCCCUGUAGAGCAGGAGAAACAUUGGAAUUAUUGUCCUAAUCAUGUGGCUCCAGUCAUGUUAAGAAUGUGAACUCAAAGUGUUUGUUGUUUGAACAUUAAUAGACCUUUUUCAUGGAAGACAUUUCGACACGUCAAGCAGUAGAAGGACAGGUGGAACUAAUGACACUAACAAUGGUUCAUUUACAUGUAAGUGAAAAGAUCCUGGAACUGACAAAAGUACAUGAGAUGAAGCUAUUGUUAGUGUUGUUUAUUACACCUGUGCUUUUCUUUCUAUACCAUGUCAAAAUGUCUGCUGUCUAAAAGGUUUUGAAAAUAAACGUCAAUGGUUUAUUUCUCACAAUACUUUUUGGCAUUAGGUUUAGAAAAGGGAGAGUUUUGUUGUGUGGAUAUUCACUUUCAGCACAGACAAUUCUGAAAGGAGAAUAUUUACGUAUAAAUGCACUAAAGCACUCUUUAUAUAUUUGCAUUAUGCUGAGACUGUCGUCAUAUUAUCUGACCUGUGUAGAGAGGCCUGGGCUUGGCCUGAGCUCUGAGGGCUGCAGCUGGAUCGGGGGACGUUAACGUUCCCGAAAACUUAGUUUCAAUUUUGAAUAUUUAAAGUUAAAAAAUCAUGAAGCGUUUGACUCUGGAGAUUUUGUGAAAUAAGCUUAUUUGCUUUCUUGCAGAGUUGGAUAAGAAGAUUGAUAGUACUCAUGUCUAUCUGUUAAAUAUAAAGUUAAAGCCAAGAGACAGUUAGCUUAGCAUAAAGACUGGAAACGAGGAGGAAAAACUAGUUUAAACGAUCACUUAGCAUGUUUUAUUUUGUUUGUUUAUUCCCUGAAAAAAGGAAAUGUAACAGCGUGUGGUGGUGUAUGGAUUAAACAAAUCAAAUAUAACGUGUUAAUUACUGAUCUUUAGUUGUGCUGGUCAGUGGAUUUUUGUUACCAUUGGACAGAGCUAGCUGUUUUCCCCUAUUAUGCUAUAAUCGUCUGCGGGCUGUAGCUUCAUAUUUUGCUUGCAGACACAAGUAAUUCUCUGCAAGAAAGCAAAAAAUGUUAUUUCCCAAAAUGUUAAACCUACUUUUUUCUUUUAGUUCAGCUUAGCUGCUCUACCAGAGCCUUGUGGGUAUGGUUUGAUAAAUUUUGUUCAACAAUGCUGGCAAAGGCAAACAACGGCACAUCUGUUGUCUGAUUUUGAUUUAAAAAAUUGCUAAAUCCACCGACGUAUUUGAUAAAAUCUAAUUUAAAAUAGACAAAAUUGUUGACAGAAAAUUUUGUUUUCAUGUAGGACCCUUGUUGCUCACAGAAAGAACCUGAAAGUAGGUUUCCAGGAGCAUUUUAAGUCGGGGAGUUAGUGCAGGUGGCAGGGAUGCGGUAUCGGGGAUGGAUGCAAGCCCCAGAAUGUGUAAUGAUAGAAAGCCACAGUGAUACAUGGUAGUAGCUGUGUAUUGUUGUAUAACUGCAGCAGAGAGGUGUGUACUGUACGCCUUGUUCCUACUCUUCAGGACUGGAACAAUGCCGGCAGUAAACAACACUGAAAAUGAGAAUAGAAAUAUUUGCAUUUUGAAAUUGCUUAUAAAACUCUGCUUUCCCGGGACGUUGUACAUUUGUAUGAAUAAUGGCUCUUUUGCUUGUGACUGUUGCUUUCCUGUGUAUUUCGGCUUUGUAUGAACUCGGUUGCCUUAAUUAUAAAGAUGGUUUUGCAGCACUGGUGUAAAUGUUCGAUUUCUCAUGCUUCACCUCCUGUGUUCUCAGUAAAUCUAAGCGGUUCAUCCUCAUUAUCAUGACAGCUGUGCCUUCCUUAAUUAUAAACUUCUGUUUUGUACCUUUUUGUUAACUUGGUAUGAUUUGGCUCCAUAUUUAUUUUCCUUUCACCAGUUGAGAACAUUACACGCACAUGUUCAGCAAAGGGAAUUUGUGCUGCCAGACCAUCUUGUUAAAGAUCAAUUGAUGUGUGCUAUGCGGAUACAAAUCACAGCUGUUAGCUAUAAACAAUGAUCAAACUGUGUGUCAGACUUAAGUUCAGCUUUUUAGUGUUUUAAGAUUUAUGGAAAUAAAAAUGUGUUGCUGCCCUGGA